AUGGCGCACGCACAUGGAAGCCCCGAGCAAGAGCUCGAGCAGCGGAAUAGACUGCCAACCCUGAUGGAAGUGCUGGGCAGAAGGACAUUAGCACCUGUCGAUUUGUUUUCAUUUUACAUUUACAUGCGAGAUCAACAGCGUUCAGUCGAUUACCUGGAUUUUUGGCUCGAUGUGUCCCAACACAUGUCUCUAUGUCGACACUACGUCCGAGAACUACGACGAUCAAUGUUGGUUGACACGCCGGAGAUGGAAAAGGCCACCAGUAAAAGGUCCUCACAAUUACUUGAGACCUUCGACAUCGGCGAGGCCGUCUCAGAUCACAGGAAAAGCGGACAUGAAUCAAGAGUCUCAGCCUUCCUGAGGUCGGAGAAUUCCAAUGCGCGGAAAUCUACCAGCAGAGAAGGCCACACCGAUCAUUCUCCGUCUCAUAGCAUGACAUCUGGGCAUUCAAGAAACUUCAGUCGUCCAUCAGGAGAUCGUCCCUCGCCCUCUGAACAACUACCGCAGCCUAACUUCUCUACACCUGAGGUGCGAACUGAUUCAAACUCCCCUGGGCAUAGUGUUGCUCGAGCGGAUAUCAAGGCUAGUGCGGAGAAGAUCCUGUACACCUUCGUCUUACCCGGGUCAGAACGUGAGAUUGUUCUCCCAGACUCUAUGCUGAACAGAAUCAUUCGAGCUAUUGAAGAGGAAGGUCGAGAUGACCCAGAAGUCUUCGACGACGCCAAAGACUACGUUUUCCAGGCAAUGGAAAGGGACGCAUUCCCUGGCUUUCUCCAAGCCAAAGCAUUGGGCAAUCUGGUCCCACUUAGCGUUCUGAUAAGACUCAUCAUAGGUUUAGCCAGUUUGAUGGCUGGUUUCUGGGGUGGUUUUUACAUGAUCUUGAGUGAUGAAUCAAGACGGACGAGGUGUAUUCUAAUACUCCCCUUCACCAUCGGAGCCUAUUUCCUCAUUUCUUACCAAUACAAACUCGACAUCCUAGCCGCAUACCUCGGAUUUAGUGAAUACACGUGGAUGAACUGGUCACGAGUGCGAGAGCCUUUCGUUCGGAGACUGCUCCUAACAAGGGCGACCAUGGCAUUGCUCAUGUUCGCCGCCGUUGCAGUCGCAUUGAGUAUACUCUUUAUCUUCGUGCCGGGGACGAGGUUUUAA